AUGACCCCACUGCCCGUCAGCGAGGCCGUACAAUUGGGCGAUGCACUCUUUCUCUCUCAUCUCGCUUACGUGGACGACUAUCAUCUCAUUCAGGAACAUCUGCGGAGUGUGGACAACGACGCCUUUGCCCUACGCAACUGUACCACCUCCAGUCAACCCAACCAACCGGCCCACUUUUUGGUCGUCCGUAAGAUCGCCAGUCCCGCCCCGACAAACACAAAAUGCUUCCUGACACCUGAGCGGAAAUUGCUCAUUCAUCAGUACUUGCCCUUCUUCUUUCGUCCCGAACCGCUCGAAGUCGUCCUCACGAUCCGUGGUACCAAAGAAGUAGGUGACUUCUUGUCCGACGCCAUGCUAGCCGCCACCGAACAUCAGGAUGGCAUGGCACACGCCGGUAUACUCAAAUCGACCCGAUGGAUGCUGAAAACAUACACGGACGAUUUGCAACAAAUUGUUGAAAGAUUCUCAACGGGAUAG